AUGAAAUAUGCUUUAUAAAAAGAUAUCAAAAACUAAGAAGAUGAUUUACCUAAUAUAGAUAAUAGUGAGAAAAAAUAUAAAUAUAUUGAAAGGUAUUUAAAUAAAAAAAAAUCUGAUUCAUAAGAUAAAAUAUUUUUAUUUGUUAUUCAUAGAAUUUGCUAUUUUGUUGAAGAAAUAGAAAAUAUUCUAGGUAAAGAUAAAUAUUAAGAGUUUAAUAAACGAAUGGUUAAUCAUAUAAAAAAUUUUUAAUAAAAGAAAUAAUAUCCUAUUUUAACAUAUUUGAAAGAUAAGUCCAAAUUUUUGGAGUUUUGGAAAAUCAUACAUUCAUUAAAAUUUUAUAAAUAUGAAAAUUCACAAUAAUCCAAUUAAAUUUCAUAACUUAUUAUAAAUCUUCUUUGGAUUAAUAAUCAAAAUGAUGGCUUUUUCAAUAUAUUAAAUAUCAUAACUCCUCCCAAAAAAAAAUUAUUUUUAUAAGCUGUAGAGUUGAUAGAGGAUGAAAUUAAUUAACAAAUUACUGAUUAUAAUGAUAUGAAUAUCUUAAAAAUGAAUUUUCUGAGAAUAAUCUAUGCCCAAUAUCCUGAAGAAGAAAGUAAUUACUUCUUGUUAAGAAAUUUAAUUACAAAUUAUGGCAGUCUUUUAAGGGCAUCAAUGAUUUUAUAAGCUAGUAAGUUUUUAAAUAAUAAAUUAAACGAGAAAUCUAUAUAAUUUUUUGCUAAAUUUGGCAUAAAAUUCAUUGUAGUACAUAAAAUAUUUCCAAAUCAAACUCUUUCAAAAUUAGCUUAAGACAUACUAAAUUACAUGAGUUCCAAUAUUUAACUAAACACUUAUGAAUGUCUAAUAAUUUUGAAAUCUAUAUUUGCUAUAAAAUAGGUAGAUCUAUCUGAGGAUUUGCAAUUUAUUAGUAUUCUUAUAGAGAAUUUCUGUACAAAAUUGUUAGGAUAUUUAAUCAUUAUCAAUAAUAACAAGUAUAUUUCACUUACUUAAGUAAAAUGGACAAUUUAUGCCAUAUUUAAUCUUUUCUAAAAAAUAGCCUAACCUUAAUUUUUAUUAGUUGAAAAAUGCAUAGUUAAACUUUUUAAAGAUAAAUCUUAUAAUUUCCCUUUUGUUUUUAAUUGUUUAAGAAAUAAAAUUAGUUUUGAAAAGAUAAUUNAAUAAUGCUAAUUUGAUCAUAUUAUAUCAUAUAUAAAAAAUAUAGAAAAUGUAAAUGAUCAACAAAAUGACUUAUAUUUACUAAUUGUUUUUUAUUAUUGGAAAAAGUAUUGUAUGAAAUAUGCUUUAUAAAAAGAUAUCAAAAACUAAGAAGAUGAUUUACCUAAUAUAGAUAAUAGUGAGAAAAAAUAUAAAUAUAUUGAAAGGUAUUUAAAUAAAAAAAAAUCUGAUUCAUAAGAUAAAAUAUUUUUAUUUGUUAUUCAUAGAAUUUGCUAUUUUGUUGAAGAAAUAGAAAAUAUUCUAGGUAAAGAUAAAUAUUAAGAGUUUAAUAAACGAAUGGUUAAUCAUAUAAAAAAUUUUUAAUAAAAGAAAUAAUAUCCUAUUUUAACAUAUUUGAAAGAUAAGUCCAAAUUUUUGGAGUUUUGGAAAAUCAUACAUUCAUUAAAAUUUUAUAAAUAUGAAAAUUCACAAUAAUCCAAUUAAAUUUCAUAACUUAUUAUAAAUCUUCUUUGGAUUAAUAAUCAAAAUGAUGGCUUUUUCAAUAUAUUAAAUAUCAUAACUCCUCCCAAAAAAAAAUUAUUUUUAUAAGCUGUAGAGUUGAUAGAGGAUGAAAUUAAUUAACAAAUUACUGAUUAUAAUGAUAUGAAUAUCUUAAAAAUGAAUUUUCUGAGAAUAAUCUAUGCCCAAUAUCCUGAAGAAGAAAGUAAUUACUUCUUGUUAAGAAAUUUAAUUACAAAUUAUGGCAGUCUUUUAAGGGCAUCAAUGAUUUUAUAAGCUAGUAAGUUUUUAAAUAAUAAAUUAAACGAGAAAUCUAUAUAAUUUUUUGCUAAAUUUGGCAUAAAAUUCAUUGUAGUACAUAAAAUAUUUCCAAAUCAAACUCUUUCAAAAUUAGCUUAAGACAUACUAAAUUACAUGAGUUCCAAUAUUUAACUAAACACUUAUGAAUGUCUAAUAAUUUUGAAAUCUAUAUUUGCUAUAAAAUAGGUAGAUCUAUCUGAGGAUUUGCAAUUUAUUAGUAUUCUUAUAGAGAAUUUCUGUACAAAAUUGUUAGGAUAUUUAAUCAUUAUCAAUAAUAACAAGUAUAUUUCACUUACUUAAGUAAAAUGGACAAUUUAUGCCAUAUUUAAUCUUUUCUAAAAAAUAGCCUAACCUUAAUUUUUAUUAGUUGAAAAAUGCAUAGUUAAACUUUUUAAAGAUAAAUCUUAUAAUUUCCCUUUUGUUUUUAAUUGUUUAAGAAAUAAAAUUAGUUUUGAAAAGAUAAUUAAAAUUGUUUAAUUAUAAUUUUAUUUAUAUUAGGAUUAAUAGAAUAACAUGUCUGAGUUAAGUUAAUAAUUAUUUGAUUAGGAUGAAUAAUUAUAUGAAUAAUGGUUUAAAAUAACAAAACCUGAUUAAGUGUUGCAUUCAAUCGAAUAUUUAAAAGUCAAAAAAAGUCAAUCAUAUUAUCCAAAAUAAAUGGAUAUUCCUUUAGAGGAUUUCAAUUUAUCAUUAUCUGAAUAUAAUGAAUAAGAAUAAAAAUAAAUUCUUAUUAAUUGGAUUUAAGAUAUGACAAACACAUAAAAAUUUAAGUAAAUAAUUCCUUUAUUUUUCAAUAUAAUAAAAAGAGGAGAAUCACAUAAAGAUAUAUUAAUUUAUGCUAAUUAAAUUUUAUAAGAAAAUAAGUAAAUAGCAGCUGGAAUAGGAUGUUUUAAUUUAAAAUCUUUAUUUUAAAUAUUUUUCAAUAAUGCUAAUGAUGAAUUAAGAGUGGUUCUUAUGAAAUUUUAUUCAAAAGAACAUCCAAUUCCAUUUUUAUAUUAAAAUCCAAUUUUAGAUAAUCUCAAGUCAAGAGCUGAUAUCUUGAUGUUAAAUAGCAAUUUAUUUUAUUUUAUUGAGUAAGGUUAUACAAUUAUUAAUUUGUCUUUAAGUUAGAAACAAAAGAAAAUAGGUAAAACAGAACUCAUCAACUAAAUCUUUUAUGAAAGAGAUAAAUUUGAAACUAGUGACACAUGUUUAAUGAAUUCCAAUACAAUUGAUAUAAUGUUUGAUUUUGAAUUCAAUAAUUCAAGAAAUUUUAUUGUGGCUGAUGUUCAUGGAACUAUCAUUUUUGAAACAUUAAUUAAAAUACUUCCAUUUUUUAAAUUUUGGAUUGUUUAAAUGGAUUCUUAGGAAGAAUUAUAAGAAAAUUUAGAUUAAAUUAGAAAAAUCUUUUAAGAAAUAGGUUAAUAAAUAAUAAAUUAACUUGAAAUUUGUUUUCUAGUAAGAAAUACAGAAGAAACAGAACUAAUGAAUAAACAACCAAUUACAUAUGAAAUAGAAAAUAAGAAUAUUAAAAUUGUUUAUAUUCACAAUUUAAUUGCAAACUCAAUUGACAAAUAAUUUAAAAUAAGUUAAAUUUAAAAUGUAUCAAAGUUCUUGUUUGAUAUACUUUAGGAUCAUUAACAAAGGCUUGAAUAAAGAAAUCGAUAACCAGAAAAUUUAUAAAACUAAUUCCUACUAUUACUAAAAUCUAUGAAUUCCUUAUAUUCUAAUAAUAUUGAUUAUAUAAUCCAACAUUAAAGUUUAGUUAAUAAAAUGGAAGGCAAACUAAAUCAAAUAGUUAAUGAAGAGUAUGGAUUUUAUUCAGAGAAUGCAUUUCCUAUUAGACGUAUUUAAUGGAGUAUUAAAAAACUUCGUAAUCAAAAUUAUGAAUUAUGUAUGAAACCUAAUGAAAAUAAAUAAGAUAUUGAGAAGAAUAAACAAUAAAUGUAAAACUUAGAAAAAUAAAUAUAAAAAUAAAAUCCAACUGAAUUGUUGAAACUUUUCUGUGAAAUUUUUAGAUAAAAACACUAUUAUAUUAUUUAUCUUUGGAUUGUAGAUAAAAUAAGGCAAUUUAAUGAAAAAAAUUUAAUAGAUUUAUAGCAAAAAGAUUAUGAAUUAAAUGAAUAGUUUAAUAAAUUAAAAUAAGAAAAACAUAAAAUAAAAUAGAUAUAUCUCAAUGAUUUACAAAAAUUAUGUGAAAACGAAAGAAAUAAAAAAAUUAAAAAUGAAAUGUCUAAAUUAAAAGAAUUAAUGGUUAACAAUGCGUAGAAAAUUUCUCAAAUAAAUGUCGGUGUUGAGUUAUUUUGGAGAGAAUUAAUUAGCUUAAGAAAAUCAAAUUAUUGUGAGCUAGAAUUUGAUUCAGUUGAAACCAUCUCUUAAUUGAUUAGAAAAGGAGAAUCAUUAGAAUUUCUAGAUGGAGACACUUUAUCAAUUAACACUGAAUUUUUAUUUGACUUAGAAAAUAAAAUAACAUAAAAUAAACAAUAAAAAAUCUUAGUAAUAAGUAUAUUAGGUCCUUAAAGUUCAGGUAAAUCAACUAUCUUAAACAAAAUUUUUGGAUGCCAUUUUUGGGCUAGUGUAGGAAGAUGUACAAAAGGAAUUCAUUUAUAAAUAUUGCAAGUGUAAAAUAAGUCAUUAUUUUAAAAUUUAUUUGAUUAAAUACUCAUUCUAGAUACAGAAGGUUUAUAAAAUCCAAAUUAAAUUGAUUCUGAAUUUGACAAAAAGAUUGCAUUAUUUGUGCUUUCAAUUAGUGAUAUUAUUAUGAUAAAUGUAAAAGGAGAAAUAAAUUAAUAAUUUAAAAGUUUGGUUGAAAUGUGUAUAUUUACUUUGGGACAUUUUAAAAAUGGAUUUUCAAUGUUUAAAUAAUUAAGUUGGUUUUUCAAUUAAAAUGAUAAUUACAAAAAUGUCUAACCAUUUAAAUAAUAAAUUAAAGACCUUGCAUAAAAUUUAAAUUUAUAAUGGAAUGAAAAAUAUUUUGAAUAAUAAGAAGAAUAAAUUGAUUACGCAGAGAUUUUAGAUAUUAAAGAUAACAUUUCUGGUUUAGGGUUUGCUUCUGAUUAGAAAGAUUGGGGUAAGAAUGGUUGGAAUCAAUCUGUAAAUAAUCAUACAUUUUCUCGAGAAGCAUACAAAUAGGGAAUCAAUAUGAUAAAACAAUUUAUAAUAAAACUUUAAGAUUAAAAUGACCCAUUAUGCAAUUUUAAUAAUUUUCUGUAAAAUGUUCGAAGAAAUUGGCAAAGUAUAGAAAAGUUGCCAGAUUUAUUAGAGUUUAGUGAAUUGAUUUAGCAUUAAUAAAACUUAUUAAUGGAAAAAUAUUUUGAUGAUCUUUGGCAAAGGUAAGAAAUAACUUAAGUAAAUGAAAGGUUAACAAAUGACACUAAUUUGUAGAUAUAAAAUUAAAGAUAGAUCUCCUUUGAAGUUUACAAAGAAAUAGAAUUAUAAAAAGAAAAUGAUAUUGAAUCAGCAUUUACAUAAAUCAAAACGUAAAUUAUAGAAUAAAUGAAUUAAUUUAAAAGCGAGAAUAAAAUUCAGAAAAAAAUAAUGUCAAAAUAUUUUAAAAAGCUAGAAAAUUUAAUUAAAAAUGAGUAAAUAAAUUGCUAAUAAAAUAUCAUUUAUUUAAUUAAAAAUUAUGAAGGAGAAUAUUAAAAGAAAAAAGGUUAUGUAUAAAUUGAUAAUUUUAUUUAAAAUGUUUUAAACGACGAAUUUUUGAAAAAGAAAUUUUAAGGACAUGAUUAAUUAAUUGAAUAAGAAUUUAAAGUAUAAUGGAAAUAAUAUAUAAAUGAAACUAAUAGCGCAUCAGAAUAAUAAUAUUGUGAAAUGGUAUAGGCCUAAUACAAAGCUAUUAAAUCUAUUUCUAAUCUAUAUAUUUUAAAUACAAAAAAUGAACCAGAUUUUUUCUUAUACUUUAGGGAUGAAAUAAUCAAAUAAAAUCCUUAUUCCUCUUCAAACGAAGAAUAGGAAAAGAUAUAUUAACUAUUUAUGAAAGAAUUCUAAUAAACUGAACAAUUCAUAUGCAUAGAGAACAACAAAUAGAAUUUAGCUUAUCUUGAUAUUUUCCAUUAAACAAUUUAAGAGAAAUUAGAAAAAUCUAAAGAUUAAUUAUUAGAUAUGAAAUCAUUUUACUCUUAAGAGAUCAACUAUUAAGUUGUUGCAAAAAUUGAAAUUUAAUACUAUUUAAAUUAACAAUUUGAAUAAGAUUUUCAAUUGUUUUUAAAAAAGUAUGAAAAUUAAAAUAAUUCAAGUUAUUCAUUUUUUAAUUUUAUAUCUAUUUUAGACUAUUUGCAAAUUUCAUAUGAUAAGAAGUUAAAAGAAUAAUUAGAUAAUGUUGUAAAUAAUCCUUCUCUUUGGGAUAAUAUUUAACAAUUUUUUACUAGUAAAAAGACUUAGGCUUAUGAAGCCUUUUAGGAAUUGAAAAAAUCACUUAAAACCUAAUAGCAUUAUAACAAAGAAAUUGACUUGACUGGCUCCACAUUUGGUUAAACUUUUAAGAAUACUUAUUCUAGUUUAAAAAUUACCUAAAAAACAGAUCAAACAUGGUAUAAUAAUUAACAAUUUAAAAAAGAACUUUUAUAUAAAAACAUUAUAAUUGGUACACAAAUUGAAAUUUAACCAAGUUAAACUAGCUAUUAAGAAUCUUUUCAAUAUAUAAAGUCUCCUUAAGCUCAUAAACCUUAUUUUUUCAGAACAAACUUUCCAAAAUAAUUGAAUGCAAUUAUGAUUGAAUAAAAUGGUUGGAAUAAACUUUAUAAUGAACUUUACAAUUUAAUAAAACAAGAAAUUAGUAAUUCGAAAUUAAAAAUAGAAUAUUAAGGAUCUAAUCAAAUUGAAUGUUUAAAUAAAAAUAACGAGGAUGAAAAUAUUUAAUCUUUUAGUUCUUAUUUAAUCACAGGUAUAAUGUAAAAGAUUGAAAACAAUAUAAAAGUAAAAUAUAAUAAUUAAUUUGCUUAAUAUGGUGUGAUUUUAACUGAUGUUGGAGAAAGAUGUAUAUAUUAUUAUUCUAUGUUAAUUAUUUGGAGAUUCAUUUGUUUUUAACGGUGGAAUUCAAAAAAUAUUUAAUAAAAACAUUAGAAUAAUUAUUAAAAUGAAUUAAAUAGAUGUAUUGCUGAAAUUAAUUAAGAUAAUGAAAAGUAAAGUCGUAUUAGAGCGACAGAAUUCGUGAAAAAAUUAUAAAUUAAUUUAAAAAAUUAAUUUUUGGAAAGAACUAAGAAAGAAGUAUUAAAAAAAAUGAGUUAAAUAAGUAUGUCAAAUGUUGAACUUAUAGCAAAAUUAGACCACGAAUUUUUAAUUGAUGUCAAUGAAAAAACAUUUCAAGAUUUGUAGUUUUAACAAUAAAUACUAUCUUAUACGAUUGAUCAUAAAUAAUAUAUUAAUAAUUACACUUAAGAUAUGUUAACAUAAUAAUAACUUGGAUUAUUAAAUGAAUAUUCCAAUAAAUAUAGAAAAGAAUUAAAUCUAUAUUUAAAGAGUAUAUAAGAAAAUGCAACAAUUUUAUUUAAAUAUAUUUAGAAUUAAAAAAAGGAAGUAAAGACAAUUAAAUAUUUUAAUGAAGAUUAUUAAAAAGACAACAUAAUUUAUGAAAACUAACUCUUCAGAUUCCUUAUGUAAUGUCUUCUUUGUAGAUUUGAAGAUUAAAUAGAUAUAAUCAAAUAAUAAUAUAAAGAGAUAUUCUAAGUUAGCAAUUACAAUCCUGUAAAGAGUUAAUUUACCUUAAGUUGGUCAUUAUGUAAUUCAUAAGAUUAAUAAGUUUAUAAUCUGAAAACUUUUGUUGAAACAUUAAUUUAAUAAAUAGAGCUAAUAUUAACAAAUAUAGAAUAAAUUAAAUUUACAUCAAGUGAAUACUAACUUGAUGUUGAAUUUGGUAAAUUAAAAUUGUAAAUGAAUGGUUGUGAAUAUACAUGUCCAUGUUGUAAAAGAAAAUGCGAUUAAGAUAAUAAUGAUAAUAGUCAUACUCAUUAAUGUUAAAAUGGACAUUAAAUUAGAGGUAAUAUUAUGGUAAUAUAUUUAGGUAUUAACGGUAUUUUGAUUUCAAAAAAUAGUCCAUCAUUGUUCACUUGUGAAGAAAUCCUUGAUGAAUGCAUUAUUAAGACACUUGAAACUAAUCUAUAGAAAACUUGGAAAGAAGUUAAAAAAACCCAUCAAACUUGGAAUUUCUAAACUUUUAAUGAUGAACUAAUUGUUUAAAAUAAAGAAAAAUGGAAAAAUGCUUGGAAUAGAGGUUUAGGAAAAUUAAUUUGUUAACAUUUAGAAAAAUAAUUGAAUCACGAAGUCAUAUUCUCAUAAAAAUCAGAAAUAGAAACUUAAGUUUCUAACAUUCAUUAUAUUCUCAUUCUUGAUGAUUCAGGUUCAAUGAAAGGAGAUUAGUGGAUUAAAGCAAAGGAUGGAGCUUUACAUUGUAUAAAAUAAUUAGAUAAUACCGAUUGUGCAAAAGUUAGUGUUAUAAUCUUCAAUUAAGAUGCAAGAAUUGUGGUAGAAUGUUAAAAACCAAAUUAUAAAGAAAUGAUUGAAAAAAUUAAUUAUAAUGGAGGUGGUACCUGUUUUGAAAAUCCAUUUAAAUUAGUUCUAGAAUUGAUUAAAAAACAUAAAGGUUUUAAUAAGUAAGUACAUUUAAAAUAUUAGAAUUUAAAUAUUAUUUUAUACUGAUGGAGAAUCAGGUUAUCCAUAAAAUAUAGUUGAUCAAUUCUGUUAAUUACCACAGGAUAUAAGAUAACUCAUCAACCUAACAGCUUGCUCUGGAGAAAAGUCUUCACAAACAUUAGCACUCAUAAUAUAGAAAUUCUAAUAACAUAUGUAAUCAGCAUAAUUAAGAAAUUCUGUUUAGCCAAAGGAUAUUUAAAGAGUUUGGAUAGAAGUAGUAAGCAAAGCUAUUCAUUAGUAACUAGCAUGA